AUGAGCUUUGCGUGCCUGGUGUGCCACAGUGUAGAGAGCCCUUCACACUCGUUUAGAAGCUACUCUGUUUCAAGCUCAGACAACGAAGGAAGAUGCUCCGUGAUCGCGAGCUGCCUCACGAGGAAUUCACUCAUCCAAGCUGCAAGAUCCAACACUUUCCCUGCAUCUUCCUCAAAGGUCACACCGCAACCCAAUUUCCAGGCAGGUAAUCUGAUGAUAACGGAAGGAGCCUCGCCGAGGUUAGUGCGAAGCCGUGCUGUGAGGAGAGACAUUGUCAGAGACUGGAACUUCAACGAAAAUUGA